AUGCCAAUGUUUAAUUGUGAUACUUAUUUUAGUAUUACCAGUAAUGAUCCAUCUCUCGGGAGAAGCUUCAUCUCCAUUCAGAUUAAGUGUUUAACAGAAGCAGAAGAACAGAAUAUUCCAAACACGUCUGCAAUACUUUUUCACAUUCCAUCGGUUAAAGCUGAACAACGAGAAGGAAGCACUCUGGGUAAACCAAUUCUUAUCGAAGAUGAUAAUGAUAAUCUUACUAAUGGAUCAAUGCCACAAUGUUCUAAUCAAGAAAAUAUUGAAAUUAGUGAUGAUGAAAGUGUGGAAGACAAGGUUGUUAUUUCUGUUGUUGAAAUUGAAGACAGUUCAGUUUUAAAUCAACAAGUUGAUGCAGAUAUUCACCACCACAAUGAAGAACACAAACCAAUUAUGUUGAACCAAGAGUUGGUGAAUGAUCUUUUCAAUAAAAAUUCAACAUCCACUUCUCUGUCGGAUAAGCAAUCACAAAACAAUAAUGUUGCCAAGGAACCAGAGUCAAGUAAUGUAGAUGAGACUCUCUCCAUUCUGCCAAGUGUUAAUCAUGUGGAGGCACCUAUCAUUUCCAUGAAAAAGAAACCAAACCAUAUUCCUGAAUUAGGUGAUCCAGGAUUUAGAAUGGUUGCUCACAGAAAUUGUACCAAAGCAACAAAGAUUAGACCCUCAGGAGAAAGAAUUGUUCCAAUUGGAAUUACCAAACAACAAAAAAAGAGAGCCAAAAAGAUUUUAAGACAAUAA